UAUCUAGAAAUUUGCAAAACAAAAACUUUGCUUAAAACAUUUUUAUCAACUAUUAAUUAUAAAAGAUGGUAAUCCACAAGCUUCAAUCUCAAAUCUUAUCAAAUGAAAUAUUUACACAUGGGAAAAAUUAGCUAGCUGCAAAAAAGUCAUGAGCAAAACAAUUAACUACGAUCCAAAGAAAAGAAAAGAAAAAAGUAGCAUGUAGGGGGAAAAAUAGAGAGAGAGAGAAAAAGGAGAUAUGAUCCACCAUUGAAAAUAUGAUCCAAAGAAAAGAUGAUCCAAAGAAAAGAAAAAAGUCGCUUAUGUUCUAACGAAGGAAAAAAUAGAGAGAGAGAAAAAGGAGAUAGGAUUCACCAUUGAAACUAUGAUCCAAAGAAAAGAAAAAAGGUGUUUUAACGAUGAAAAAAAUUAGAGCGAGAGAGAGAGAGAAAAAAAAAGGAGAUAGUAAUGAGAUGUAAAAAUAAUCGUCAAAAUCCAACUCGAUUUACCAUUGAAAAUAUGAUCCAAAGAAAAGAAAAGAAAAUAGGUUUUGUUUUAAUGAAGGAAAAAUUAUAUAUAGAGAGAAAAAAUAGUAAUGAGAUGUAAAAAAUAACCAUCAAAAUCCGGUUCGAACAAAUCUAUAAUAUAUAAUUGAUCUUAAAUAAAAACAAUCAAAAUUUAUUGAGUAAUGAUCACUUUUCAAAUUUGAAAGGUGAUAAACACUUUAUAUUUAAACUGAUGAACUAAGAUUUAAUGUAAACAGAAGGUGUAUUAUCCAAAUACUGCCGCAAUAUUGGAGAUCAAUCUGACAUGAAAAAUCGCGAUCGGGACAGAUCUACACUGAAAUUACAUAUGAAUUAAUAAAAUGGUGUAACAUGGAUAAUGGAAGGUUGGCGAGCCUUUAGGAGUAAAUAAGUGUUGGAAACUAUUAUUCAUAAUUUAAUGAAACGGAAGCUUUAUUCCUUUAUUAACGCGGUACACUCAAUUCUAUCAUAAAGCGAUAAAAAUGAUGAACCAGGUUGAGUACAUGAGGGGAUUUGGUGGAGAAGUAGAGCGGGCUGAGUUGAAUUUUGGAAGAAAGAAGAACAUUGCGGUUACACCGUACAAGGGAUAUGUUUAUAUCCACAUAGGCAGUUUAACAAGUAGCAGAAGCAUAACUCUUGGGACUGAUGAGUUUAAAGAGCUAUGCAAUCUGAAGCCAGUUCUUUUAAAAGCUGAGGCAGAAAUAAAAAAACAGCUGCAAAAACCUAGCAGGAAAAAGAAGGUUAUAGUUGUUGAAGAGGAAGAAGAAGAAGAAGAAGAAGAAGAAGAAGAAGAAGAAGAAGAAGAAGAAGAAGAAGAAGAAGAAGUAGAAGAAGAAGAAGUAAAAAAAGUUACUUUGAAAAGAAAGAGAAAGGUGAUUGCUAUCAGCGAUAGCGAUGAGGAGGCGGGAGUGUCAGAGUCGGACGUCAGAAAGGUGAUUGUUGCAGCAGAAUCUGGCCCGUUCAAGGGGCUAAAGAAGAAAAAGAAAACAGCUGGAGCUGGAUUCAUACUUUCUGAAGCAGUUGAAGAUGGCGAGUGAAGAUAACACCACCAAUCAGAACAGAAAAAGGACAAUGGGAGAAGAAGUAGAAAAAAAGACACUGAGUGAAAAACGAAAGCGGUCAGCUCCACCUUCAUUAAGAACUUUAUCUGUUGCAUGUAUUUAUAAUAAAUUAACAACAAAAUGUGAUAUUCAAAUGAGAGAUUUUUUUUGUAAAAUUCCCUCACCAAUUUUAAUUAUUUUUAUGGAUUAUGCAGACUUUCAAUUUGUUUUAAAUCCUGGAUUUGCCGAAUUAGAUGUGUUUAAUGCUGCCGAGGAAAUUUUUGAUCAAAGAUAUCAAUUAAAUAAAAUGAUAAGGGAAUGCAGCCAUUUCACAUCUGAAGAGAUAUUCAUUCAUUUAAAGAACGUCCCAGGGUCUGUUUUAAAUUCACUCGGACUUUUGUUCAA